AACCGUGGUUCAAUCUUUAGACAUUCUGUACAAAAUAGACCUCAAUUUACAUCGUAUAUCUCAAAAUCCCCGUUAUUUUAUCCCCUGCCACGCUAAUCUAUCUCUGUACCAAAAACUUACAUAUGUACCUCUUUCAGCCGUGUCUGAAUUAAAUAACCUAUAUUCUGUUUUAUACUGUGUUGGAACUUACAUAAGUACCUUUUUCUAUCAUGUAGGAAAUUAACGUAUGUAUUUUUUGUACCCGCUACAACUCUCACGUAGGAACUUACCGAAUGUACCUUCACAGGUGACCGACACCAUAGUGGCGUACAUAUGCGACGCUGACACCGUGUUUAUGGACAAACGUGCACGUGCCAGCUCGAUUCACUUAUUCUAUCGGGCGAGCUACGUGGCGUCUGCCGUGUGCCUGGCGCUCACGCUGCUCGUGUACAACAUACUGCCGAGCCUCCGGAACAACCGCAACUACUACGUCAAGUGCUACAUGAGCCACCUGUUCGUAUCGUACAUCUGCGUAAUUGCCCAAAUAAAUAUGGAAAACAAACAAGGCCAUACGUGCUUUCAAUUCGGUUAUAUUACUUUAUUUGUAUUUCUGUCAACAUUAUGCUGGUUAAACAUAAUAUGCUUCGAUAUUUACUGGAAGAUAAGGUAUAACAUUUCAAUAAACAGAAAUACAUCAACAUCAGUACGUACCAUUAUAUACCAUUUUUACUGUUGGGGACUUUCAAGUAUUUUCGUAUGUACUGGAUUUUUUUUUCAAUAUUCACAAGAUCAAUCGCUACAGAAAUAUGCACCCUAUUUUAUAGAGGAUGUUUGCUUUUACUACAAUAUGAUUGGCUACGGACGUUUAAUUUUCUUCCUGAUACCAAUGUGUAUCAUGCUGACUGCCAAUUUAAUUUUGUUCUUGCUAACAGCUAUUCAAUGUUCAAGAAUUAAAUCUAAACGCAUUAAUUUCAACCAAACAGAUUCAAAAACAGAAAGUUUUCUUGCUAACAAAGAGAUGUAAGAAUACAGUUGGGUAUUAUCAAUUCAUAUAGGGCACAUACCUAAUUUAGUCUGUUUAUUACUUUCGGUACCUACAUA